AUUGUUGACCUCUAACUGUGGUUUCAUGCAUGUUAACGCUGGAAGCCUCCUCCCAUAGUUUGUUUUAUUCACUGCAUUAGCACACUCCGCCAACCCGGAUGUCCUAGCCGUGUCUUAAUCCUGGUUUAGGAAGGCCACCAAAAAUCUUAAUUUCUAUCCCUAACUUAAACAUUUUCUGACAAGAUAAAACGGCCAAAGGGGGCGGUGUUGCAAUCUACUGCAGAGAGAGCCUGCAGAGUUCUUACUUUCCAGGUCUGUACCCAAACAAUUCGAGCUUCUACUUUUAAAAAUCCACCUUUCCAGAAACAAGUCUCUCACCGUUGCCACUUGCUAUAGACCACCCUCUGCCCCCAGCUGUGUCCUGGACACCAUAUGUGAAUUGAUUGCCCAUCUAUCUUCAGAGCUCGUGCUGCUAGGUGACUUAAACUGGGACAUGCUUAACACCCCGGCCAUCCUACAAUCUAAGCUUUCCUCACCAUCUUAAAUAAGCAUGCCCCAUCCAAAAAAUGUAGAACCAGGAACACAUGUAGCUUUUGGUUCUCUCCAGACCUGACUGCCCUUGACAAGCACAAAAACAUCCUGUGGCAUUAUGCAUUGAAUAGUCCCCGUGAUAUGCAACUUUUCAGGGAAGUUAGAAACAAAUAUACACAGGCAGUUUGAAAAAGCUAGCCAAAGCUUUCCUAACAGAAAUUUGCAUCCUGUAGCGUACUGUCCAUGGAGAAUAAGAGCACUGCACUGAGGCUAGGAAACACCGAUAAAUCCACUAUAAUUGAGAAUUCCAAAAAUCAUUUUUCUACGGCUGGCCAUGCUUUCCACCUGGCUACCCCUACCCCGGUGAACAGCCCUUCACCCCCCCACAGCAACUUGCCUAAGCCUCCCCAUUACUCCUUCACCCAAAUCCAGAUAGCUGAUGUUCUGAAAGAGCUGCAAACUCUGUACCCCUACAAAUCAGCUGGGCAAGACAAUCUGGACCCUCUCUUUCUAAAAUGAUCUGCCCGAAAUUGUUGCAACCCCUAUUACUAGACUGUUCAACCUCUCUUUCAUAUCGUCUGAGAUUCCCAAAGAUUGACACUCUAGACCCAACCUGCUAGAGGCCUAUAUCUAUCCUACUGUGCCUUUCUAAGGUCUUCGAAAGCCAAGUUAACAGAUUACCGACCAUUUCGAAUACCACCGUAUUUUCUCCGCUAUGCAAUCUGGUCUCAGAGCUGGUUAUGGGUGCACCUCAUCCACACUCAAGGUCCUAAACGGUAUCAUAACCGCCAUCGAUAAGAGACAUUACUGUGCAGCAGUCUUCAUCGACCUGACCAAGGGUUUCGACUCAACAGCCUUGGUUUCUCAAAUGACUGCUGUGCCUGGUUCACCAACUACUUCUCAGAGUUCAGUGUGUCAAAUCGUAGGGCGUGUUGUCCGGACCUCUUGCAGUCUCUAUGCGGGUGACACAGAGUUCAAUUCUCGGGCCGACUCUUUUCUCUGUAUAUAUCAAUGAUGUUGCUCUUGCUGCUGGUGAUUCUCUGAUCCACCUCUACGCAGAUGACACCAUUCUGUAUACCACUGGCCCUUCUUUUGACACUGUGUUAACAAACCUCCAGACGAGCUUCAGUGCCAUGCAACUCUUCUUCCAUGGCCUCCAACUGCUCUUAAAUGCUAGUAAAACUAAAUGCAUGCUCUUCAACCAAUCGCUGCUCGCACCUGCUCGCCCGUCCAGCAUCACUACUCUGGACGGUUCUGACUUAGAAUAUGUGGACAACUACAAAUACCUUGGUGUCUGGUUAGACUGUAAACUCUCCUUCCAGACUCUCAUUAAGCAUCUCCAAUCCAAAAUUAAAUCUAGAAUUGGCUUCCUAUUUCGCAAAAAAUGCAUCCUUCACUCAUGCUGCCAACAUACUCUUGUAAAACUGACCAUCCUACCAAUCCUCGACUUUGGCGAUGUCAUUUACAAAAUAGUCUCCAACACUCUACUCAAUAAUUGAAUGCAGUCUAUCACGGUGCCAGCCGUUUUGUCACCAAAGCCCCAUAUACUACCCACCACUGCGACCUGUAUGCUCUCGUUGGCUGGCCCUCGCUUCAUAUUCGUUGCCAAACCUACUGGCUCCAGGUCAUCUACAAGUCUCUGCUAGGUAAAGCUCUGCCUCAUCUCAGCAUGCUCUCCAGCAGGUAUAUCACUGGUCACCCCCAAACCCAAUUUUUCCUUUGGCCGCCUUUCCUUCCAGUUCUCUGCUGCCAAUGACGGGAACAAACUGCAAAAAUCACUGAAGCUGGAAACACAUCUUCCUCACUAGCUUUAACCUCUUCAACCUAUGGGGGCGCUGUGUCAUUAUUGGAUAAAAAGACGUGCCCGUUUUAAGCGCAAUAUUUUGUCACAAAAAGAUGCUCGACUAUGCAUGGAAUUGACAGCCUUGGAAAGACAAAACUGUCUCCAAAACUGCAAAGAUAUUAUCUGUGCGUGCCCCAGAACUAAUGCAACAGGCGAAACCAGGAUGAAAAUUCAUACAGUAAAUGCCCCGGAUUCUGAAGGCGCUGUGUUCCAUGUCUCCUUAUGUGGCUGUGAAUGCGCCAGGAAUGAGCCUGCGCUUUCUGUAUAUUCCCCGAGGUGUCUGCAGCAUUGUGACGUGUUUGUAGGCAUAUCAUUGUAAGAUUGACCAUAAGAGACUACAUUUACCUGGUGUCCUGCCCGGUGUCCUGUGUGCGUAAUCUGUAAAUCCAUGCGCGUUCCAUUUCUUCAGAAUUGAAAGUAAACUGCCACGAUGGAUUUUAUCGUCGAUAGAUAUGUGUAAAACACAUUGAGGAUUGAUUCUAAACAUCGUUUGCCAUGUUUCUGUCGAUAUUAUGGAGUUAAUUUGGAAAAAAGUUAGUUUUAAUUACUUUUUUUCCCCCCCCAUACCCAAACGCAAUGAACAAAACGGAGCGAUUCGUCGACAAAAAUAAUAUUUUUUGUAAAAACGGAACAUUUGCUAUCUAACAGUCUCCUCAUUGAAAACAUCUGAAGUUCUUCAAAGGUAAAUUAUUUUAUUUGAAUGCUUUUAUGGUCUUUGUGGAAAAUGUUGCAUGCUGAAUGCUAACGCUAAAUGCUACAUUAGCCAUCAAUACUGUUACACAAAUGCUUGUUUUGCAAUGGUUGAGAAGCAUAUUUUGAAAAUCUGAGAUGACCGUGUUGUUAACAAAAGGCUAAGCUUGAGAGCAAAUAGAUUAAUUUCAUUUCAUUUGCGAUUUUCAUGAAUAGUUAACAUUGCGUUAUGGUAAUGAGCUUGAGGCUGUAGUCACGAUACCGGAUCCGGGAUGGCUCGACGCAAGAAGUUAAGCACCAGCUGUCAGAGCAUCUCACAGAUCACUGCACCUGUACAUAGCCCAUCUGUAAAUAGCUCAUCCAACUACCUCAUCCCCAUACUGUAUUUAUUUAUCUUGCUCCUUUGCACUCCAGUAUCUACUUGCACAUUCAUCUUCUGCACAUCUACCAUUCCAGUCUUUAAUUGCUAUAUUGUAAUUACUUUGCCACCAUGGCCUAUUUAUUGCCUUUACCUCCCUUAUCCUACCUAGUUUGCACACACUGUAUAUAGAUAGACUUGUUCUACUGUAUUAUUGAAUUUGUUUGUUUGUUCCAUGUGUAACUCUGUGUUGUAUGUGUCGAACUCUUUAAUUUAUCUUGGCCAGGUCGCAGUUGUAAAUUAGAACUUGUACUCAACUAGUGGUCCUUCUGUAGCACAGUUGAUAGAGCAUGGCGCUUGUAACGCCAGGGUAGUGGGUUCGAUUCCCGGGACCACCCAUACGUAGAAUGUAUGCACACAUGACUGUAAGUCGCUUUGGAUAAAAGCGUCUGCUAAAUGGCAUAUAUUUUUUAUAUUUAUUUAUUAGCCUAUCUGGUUAAAUAAAGGUUGUUUUUUUAAUUUUUUUAAAUGUGUAUCAGAUUUCUGUUUCAUUUUCAAUAAUUUGGCAAAUAUAUCUUAAGUUUUCACUUUGUCAUUAUGGGGUUGUGUGUAGAUGGGAGGAAAAUGACAGCAGGGCCAGGGAAGAUGGUUAAAAUUGAUGGGAAGAUGGAUGGAGCCAAAUACAGGACCAUUCUGGAAGAGAACCUGAUGGAGUCUGCAAAAGACCUGAGACUGGGACGGAGAUUUGUCUUCCAACAAGACAAUGAUCCAAAACAUAAAGCAAAAUCUACAAUGGAAUGCUUCCAAAAUAAACAUAUCCAGGUGUUAGAAUGGCCAAGUCAAAGUCCAGACCUGAAUCCAAUCGAGAAUCUGUGGAAAGAACUGAAAACUGCUGUUCACAAAUGCUCUCCAUCCAACCUCACUGAGCUCGAGCUGUUUUGCAAGGAGGAAUGGGAAAAAAUUUCAGUCUCUCGAUGUGCAAAACUGAUAGAAACAUACCCCAAUCGACUUACAGCUGUAAUCGCAGCAAAAGGUGGCGCUACAAAGUAUUAACUUAAGGGGGCUGAAUAAUUUUGCACGCCCAAUUUUUCAGUUUUUGAUUUGUUCAAAAAAGUUUGAAAUAUCCAAUAAAUGUCGUUCCACUUCAUGAUUGUGGCCCACUUGUUGAUUCUUCACAAAAAAAAUACAGUUUUAUAUCUUUGUUUGAAGCCUGAAAUGUGGCAAAAGGUCGCAAAGUUCAAGGGGGCCGAAUACUUUCGCAUGGCACUGUAAGUCAAGGGGUAUGAAUACUUUCUGAAGGACCUGUAUAUGCAUACAAUGCCCAGAUGCAUUUAGUACUCAAUUCUCUGACAACUGAACCGUGUGGUGGACAAUUGUUUUAGCUCACCACUGCCAGCACUCUGUUUGCAUGGCUAGUGGCUAACAUUAGCCAGCUCAAGAUGGCUAAUGCAGAGUAGAUUCUCCAUUUGACAUAUGAUUUUUUUUACUUAUAGCUAACCAGAAUGUGACUACAAAUUACUAAGUCUUUGACCACUGUGUUACUUUGGUGAGUAAAAACUCAUGUUUCCUACCCUUUUAAGUCAAUGUAAAACCCAUCACGCAACAUUUGAAUUGUUAAACCACCCAUUGCAAUGGUAUGGCACCAAUAAAAAUUUGAAGGAAAUCAUUGCCUUUAAAUGCCAACUGCUAAUUUGUGUGGUGACUCACUCACAGCACAUGUGUUUAACACAGGCACUCGGUUUGAGUGGAUGGUGUCUCCAGGGAUGAGGCAUUUUCGAUGACGGUAAUGACUGCGGACUGCGUCACUUUGGCAAGGCUGAGGCGUCAGUGGAGGAGGUGCUUGCCUACCUGGAGGAUGCCUACUGUGGCCGCAUUUCCAUAGAGACCAGUCAGUUGACCAGUCUGGAGGAAAGGGAGUGGCUCGCCGACCGCUUCGAGGAGUUGAAGAAGGAGACAUUUACGGCGGAGGAGAGGAAAAAGUUUGCCAAACUCAUGCUGGAGUCGCAGGAGUUUGAUCAUUUCCUGGCAAACAAGUUUUCCACGGUGAAGCGUUACGGUGGUGAGGGAGCAGAGAGCAUGAUGGGGGUGUUCUAUGAGAUGUUCCGCCUGUUGUCCCACAGUGGGGUGACGGACAUCGUCAUGGGGAUGCCUCAUCGCGGGCGACUCAACCUCCUCACGGGGCUGCUGCAGUUCCCACCAGAGCUGAUGUUCCGUAAGAUGUGUGGCCUCAGUGAGUUCCCAGCGGACUCUCCCUCCAUCGGUGACGUCCUCUCCCACCUUACCUCCUCUGUAGAGCUGGAUUUCGGUGCUGCCCACCUCCUCAAAGUGACCAUGCUGCCCAACCCCUCCCACCUGGAGGCCAUCAACCCAGUCACCCAGGGGAAGACCAGGGCCCGGCAGCAGCUCAAAAAGGAGGGAGACUACUCACCAGACGAGAACGUACAGCCUGGGAAUAAAGUCGUAUGUCUCCAGGUCCAUGGGGAUGCCUCAUUCUCGGGUCAAGGGAUUGUUCCAGAGACAUUCACCAUUUCACUACUCCCCCACUUCAGAGUCGGAGGGAGCAUCCACCUCAUUGUAAACAACCAAGUGGGUUAUACAACUCCAUCUGCGAGAGGGAGAUCAUCUUUAUACUGCAGUGAUGUUGGUAAGAUGGUGGGCUGUGCUGUGGUCCAUGUGAAUGGUGAUGACACGGAGGAGGUGGUGCGUGCCACACGUUUGGCGGUAGAGUAUCAGAGACGCUUCAGGAAGGAUGUCAUCCUGGACCUGCUCUGCUACAGACGGUGGGGACACAACGAGCUAGACGAACCUGGUUUCACUAACCCUGCCAUGUACAAGAUUAUCCGCUCCAGGAAGAGCAUCCCAGAUUCCUACGCUGACCAGCUGGUCUCAGAGGGCCUGAUGACAGGGGAGGAGUGUGGUGCCAUCAGGACAGCCCACUACGGCAUGCUGAACGACAAGCUGGCCAACAUGACCUUAUACAGCCCACCACCCACCAACCUGCAGGGUCGCUGGGGAGGUCUGGAGGAGCCCCAGGCCAGAGUCACCCACUGGGACACGGGGGUGCCUGUCCCCCUGCUGCAGUAUGUAGGGGCUAAGUCUGUGGAGAUACCCGACGAGGUCCAGCUACACAGCCACCUUGGGAAGAUGCAUGUGGCGGGUCGCCGUGCGAAGGUGGAGAAUGGAACUAAUCUGGAUUGGUCCACUGCUGAGGCCAUGGCGUUUGGCUCUCUGCUCUGCCAAGGGUUCAACAUUCGUAUCAGUGGACAGGAUGUUGGUAGGGGCACCUUCAGUCAGAGACAUGCCAUGAUAGUUUGUCAAGACACAGAUGACAUGUACAUCCCCCUCAAUCACAUAGACCCUGAACAGAAAGGAUUCAUGGAGGUGUGCAACAGUGCCCUGUCUGAGGAGGCCGUGUUGGGCUUUGAGUAUGGCAUGGCCAUCGCCCAGCCUAAACUACUGCCUAUCUGGGAGGCUCAGUUUGGAGACUUCUUCAACGGAGCUCAAAUCAUAUUCGACACCUUCCUCUCUGGAGGCGAGGCGAAGUGGCUGCUGCAGUGUGGGAUGGUGAUCCUGCUUCCCCAUGGUUACGACGGAGCAGGACCUGAACACUCCUCCUGCCGCAUGGAGAGGUUCCUACAGCUGUGUGACAGUAAGGAGGAGGGGGUGGAUGGUGACCAUGUCAACAUGGGCGUGGUCAACCCUACGACUCCAGCACAGUACUUCCACCUGCUGAGACGACAGAUGAUACGCAACUUCCGCAAGCCGCUCAUCGUUGCUGGGCCCAAGACUUUGCUCCGUUUCUCUGGAGCAACAUCCAGUCUGGCUGACAUGGCUCCUGGAACCUCUUUCAAACCUGUGAUUGGUGACACCUCAGUCACACCAGCCAGUGUCCGGCAGGUGGUGCUGUGUUCAGGGAAGCACUACUAUGCCCUGUUGAAGCAGAGGGAGGCAUCCACAGCCACUCAGACCACAGCACUGAUCAGACUGGAGGAGCUGUGUCCCUUCCCUCUGGAAGCCCUGCAGCAGGAGCUCACAAAGUACACCAAUGCCAAAGAGUUCGUCUGGAGCCAGGAGGAGCCCCAGAACAUGGGCCCCUGGUCCUUCGUGGCCCCUAGGUUUGAGAAGCAGCUGGCCUGCAAGCUCCGGUCGGUGAGUCGGCCUACUCUGCCCGCCCCGGCUGUGGGCAUCGGAACGCUCCACCACCAGCAGAACGAGGCCAUCCUCACUGCCACCUUCUCCUCUUGAGCCACCGGGCCCCAAGAUGGCUGCUCCCGUGGGCCCCAGAAUGGGUGCACCCUCACUCCUCCAGUAAAACCACAUUUUACAUCUCUUCUCUAGCCUGGACCUCCAGGCUGAAUUUCUCGUGUUUCACAUUUGUUUCACUCAACAUUCUAUGAAUUGGUGAGAUGAAACGAUAGUGAGUCCAGGAUCUCUUUUCUUCCUGUAUGUUUAAAUGUUCUCAAAAACACAAGUGCUAAAGGCUGCUUCUUCAAUGUGGAGGGGGCUUCAGGUACUGAGUGGCACAAGACUGUUUGAUGGUUUGGAAGGGCUGUUUUAUUGUGCAUUAUGAAAUGUAGCUGUCUAAAAACAAUGUGAUGUAAAUGGUCUGAGAUUGCAUUGUAAAGCAACUCAAUAUUGCCCUGGGUGUUCAUUUUUAUUGUAAAAUUGAAUUUUGAAUUCUUAAUGUUUCUAACUUUAUGCAAAAGUUAGUUUCACAUGCAAUAUGAUUGCAUUCAAUUUACUAUACUGAAACAAAAAUAGAAACACAACAUGCACGAAUUUCAAAGAUUUUAGAGUUCCAGUUCGUAUAAGGAAAUCAGUCAAUUUAAAUAAAUUCAUUCGGCCCUAAUCUAUGGAUCUCACAUGACUGGGAAUACGAUAUACAGCCGUUGCUCACAAAUGCCUUAAAAUAAAAAAUGUAGUGGCAUGGAACAGAACCAGUCAUUAUCUGUUGUGCCCUCCAUGUGCCUCAUGCAGCGCGACAUCUCCUUCACAUAGAGUUAAUCAGGCUGUUGAUUGUGGCCUGUUGACUGUUGUCCUACUCAUCUUCAAUGGCUGUGCGAAGUUGCUAGAUAUUGGCGGGAACUGGAACACACCGGUGUACACGUCCAUCUAGAGCAAUCCCAAACAUGCUCAAUGGCUGACAUGCCUGGUGAGUAUGCAGGUCAUAGAAGAACUGGGACAUUUUCAGGAAUUGACGCAAGCACGGAUCUAUACACAUGGGGCUGUGCAUUAUCAUGCUGAAACAUGAGGUGAUGGCGGCAGAUGAAUGGCACAACAAUGGGCCUCAGGAACUCGUCACCAUCUCUGCAUUCAAACUGCCAUCGAUUUAAAAUGCAAUUGUGUUUGUCCGUAGCUUAUGCCUGCCCAUACCAAAACACCACAGCCACCAUGGGGAACUUUGUUCACAUCAGCAAACCGCUCUCCCACACAACACCAUACAAGUGGUUGUGAGGCAGGUUGGACGUAAUGCCAAAUUCUCCAACGACGUAGAGAAAUUAACACUCAAUUCUGGCAACAGCGCUGAUGGACAUUCCUGCAGAUUGCAUACCAAUUGCACGCUCCCUCAACUUGAUACAUCUGUGGCCUUGUGUGACAAAACUGCACAUUUUAGAGUGGCCUUUUUAUUGUCCCCAGCACAAGGUGCAUCUGUGUAAUAAACAUGCUGUUUAAUCAUCUUCUUGCUAAUCCAGCCCUCUGACAGGUGUGGAAUAUCUUGUCAAAGGAGAAACACUCACUAACAGGGAUGUAAACAUAUUUGUGCACAAAAUUUGAGAGAAAUACGUUUUUUGUGCGUAUGGAAAAUUUUGGGGGUCUUUUAUUUCAGCUCAUGAAAAAUGGGAUCAAUACUUUACAUGUUGCGUUUCUAUUUUUGUUCAGUGUAGAUAUGGGGCCGUACUGAGAAAGAGCAACCAAAAUAUGGUUCUAAAUCAAGGCCAGGGGUGUCAAACAUACAUGGUUUGAGUUAAACAAUUACUAAAUCAUAUAACAAUAUUCUUUCAAAUGACAAAAACUAAAACUAUGUAGAAAUGAUUAUCGGCAUACCCACCUUUUUGAGGAAAAAUGCAUUGAAAGUGUUGGGAGCCUUACUUUCUUCACCGUGACUGGUGAACAGAGUUUACCCACCAACUUUUUGUUUUGUUUUUUUGUUACCACUACAUCGCUGAAUGUAAUACAUUUUCAGCGUGGCACUCCAGACCUCGUUGAGGACCAAAUGCGGACUACGGCACAAAAUGAGUUUGACACCCCUGCCUUAGACACUUAAGUUUACAGCAUUUAUCAUAUUGUAGCGACCCGCACAGACAGCUGUGUGUUAUGUGUUAGGCUAGGAGGUGGUUGUGUUGUACUGACCAGUACCCGGUGUUCGCGGGGUCCGACAUGUCAAUCAACCUGCUAUCUGCCAAUCACGGGAAUGCCUGGAAUGUUCUGAUGCCGGGCAUCCUGGUGGUUGGCGGAGUGGCGUGGAGGGGGGUUGGGCAGGGGGGUGGAGCAUUGGAAGUUAAGACCAGGUUCAGCCUUUGUUCUCUCUCUCUUACGUCUGGGCUUCACAAGAGAAGGUCACGAUUGGCUUGUGGGUUAUCUGUCAUCUAUUUGGCGUGUGCUACGGCCCAAACAGUAGCCUGUGUAAAGUUGGUUUAAUAAACCGUCAAUUCGCAAACUCAAGCCUCUGUCUGGACAAUUGUUCAUUUAUGAUCUA